GCCUGAGAAGUGAGGAAACGCAACACCGAAAGAUAAAAAAAAAGGAGAGAAAGAGACCAAAUUCGAAACACAGAGAACAAAUUCUCUCUUCCUCCUUUUCUUUUUUCAAUUACUUAAAUCUUUCCCGCUCACUGUUUCUUCUUCAGAUCACGUUUAGCUUCCGAUUCGUCCCUCUGUCUCUCUCUUCUCCGCCGUUAACCACGAGUAUACAGAGGCUGGAGCUGGGGAAGAAAAGGAUUGUCUAUGGAGGGAGACGGCGUAAAAGGUUUGGCAUGCCAGAAGACUAUGGAUGGGAAGGCGAGUAAUGGGAAUGGUUUAGAGAAGACUGUACCUUCUUGUUGCCUCAAGGCCAUGGCAUGCUUACCAGAGGAGGAUGCUAAGUGCCACUCCACUGUUGUUUCUGGCUGGUUCUCGGAACCUCACCCUCGCUCUGGGAAAAGAGGCAAAGCAGUGUACUUCAAUAACCCUAUGUGGCCAGGUGAAGCACAUUCACUGAAAGUUGAGAAAGUUCUGUUCAAAGACAAGUCAGAUUAUCAGGAAGUCUUAGUGUUUGAGUCAGCUACCUACGGGAAAGUGCUUGUUCUAGAUGGUAUUGUACAGCUGACUGAAAAAGAUGAAUUUGCAUAUCAGGAGAUGAUAGCCCACCUGCCUCUAUGCUCUACACCUUCACCUAAAAAUGUACUGGUUGUUGGUGGAGGUGAUGGUGGUGUUCUCAGGGAAAUUUCUCGCCACAGCUCAGUUGAGGUUAUUGACAUUUGUGAGAUAGACAAGAUGGUCAUAGAUGUGUCUAAGAGGUUCUUCCCCGAGUUAGCAGUUGGAUUCCAGGAUCCUCGUGUUCAACUUCACAUUGGUGAUGCUGUUGAGUUCCUUCGUAAAUCCCCUGAAGGGAAGUAUGAUGCCAUUAUUGUCGAUUCUUCAGAUCCUGUUGGUCCUGCUCAAGCGCUUGUUGAGAAGCCUUUCUUUGAAACGUUAGCUAGAGCAUUGAAGCCUGGAGGAAUUCUUUGUAACAUGGCAGAAAGUAUGUGGCUCCAUACUCAUCUUAUUGAAGACAUGAUCUCCAUUUGCCGUCAAACAUUCAAAAACGUUCAAUAUGCGUGGAGCAGCGUCCCAACAUAUCCAAGCGGCGUGAUUGGUUUUGUCUUGUGCUCCACCGAGGGACCUGCUGUUGAUUUCAAGAACCCUAUCAACCCUAUCGAGAAACUAGACGGUGCCAUGACCCAUAAACGAGAAAUGAAGUUUUAUAACUCGGAAAUGCACAGAGCAGCUUUCGCUUUGCCCACAUUCCUGCGGAGAGAAGUGGCUUCACUUAUGGCUUCUUGACUUUCUGUUUGGCUUACCGGUUUUACUUUAUUUUAUAUGAAACUCUGUAGAACUCUUAAAAGAGGAUAAUAAUUAAAUCAUAGGAGGCUUGUAUCUCUAAGCUCACUCCUUUAUAUUAAAGACUUCUAUUUAUAUAUUUGGCUGGCUCUACAAACAGCUUGGCUUUUCAUGAAUUGUUGUUCUUUAAUAAGAAAAA